UUCGUGGAAUGUCGGCGCCCUUCGUGAGUCAUCGGCGUUGCGCAAUCGCCCUUUUCCGGAUCUUCCAUCUUGAGUGCCACACGUACGCGUACAGGGAUCCGCCAUCAUCCAGCCAAAAUGAUCAUCUACAAGGACAUAGUCAGCGGCGAUGAAAUGUUUAGCGAUGCCUACAAGAUAAAAGAGGUCGACGAUUACUUCUACGAACUCGAGGGAAAGAUCACCACAGAGAAAGGUGGAAUCGACGAGUCAGCGAUCGGAGGAAACGCCAGCGCUGAGGACGCAGUGGAGGGGCUGGAGGAAAGCUCCAAGACCGGAUGUAACAUCGUUAUCGCACAGAGGCUGCAGGAAACCCAGUACACCAAGGAGCAGUACAAGAUCUACAUCAAGGGGUACAACAAAAGUGAGAUGUUGGAACACCUAACAAAGAACAACCCUGACAGGGUUAGUGACUUCAAGACUGCAGCCGCUGCAGGAAUGAAGAAAGUUUUGGGCAACUUCAAGAACUGGCAAUUCUUCACAGGAGAGAAGAUGGACCCUGACGGUAUGGUGGCACUGAUGGACUACAGGGAGGAUGGAGUGACUCCCUACAUGCUCUUCUUCAAGGACGGCCUGGAGGAGGAGAAAUGCGGAUAUUUGGUGACGAUGAGUGUGAAAGAACCCUUCCGAGUAGAAGACCUCCUGGUCAGUGUGCGGGAGUUACAGAAAGUAAGUCAACAGCAUCGCCAAAUCUCAGUACUCUACAACAAGAUGGUUGAGACCUUGAAGAUUGCUAAGCACAAAGUGGACCAAUCACAGCAAAUGGCAGACAAGCAGGAGCAGGUGAACCAAGAGAAGAGAGCCAGUCUGACUGAGCUCAACUCCAGUAUUGAGCAGGAGGUUCAGAGACAGAGGCAGUACAGUCGUGAGUUUGAGACCCAGCUGGAUGAACUGACGGAUGCUUCUCACCAUGCCUGGCUCUACUUUAAAGCGGAGUCCAUUGAGAAAGAACUGAAGGACUUGGAAGCCAUGAAGACAGAAGCUGAGAGGUUAGCUGAACAACAGGAAGAAGAAGUGUCAGCUCUUACCGAACGACUCAAUGGUGUCAAGCUUCAACAAGGGAUAGAUACCUCCAUGGAUGAGUUACAGGAAGAUAUCAUUUCAUAUGAGAUGCAGCAGAACCUGUAUAGGAUGUUUUAUGAAGAGAAUGAGAUGGUGCAUGGUCUACAGACUGCCAUCAACACCACCUACAACGUGCUGCAGAACAAGCUUCAGAGGCUGCGCCAGUGGGAAAACCCAGAUGCUGAUAGCCAGGACUGGUCCAUGUGUGGGACUGAUGAGGGGGAGUCCAGGUCCCCUGUCACUGCUCACUCUGCCACAGCUGACCAGACUAUUCAACAAGAGGAAGGAACUAAAUGUACAGGGAACAUAGAAGUGGAAGAGAGGCAAGAGGCCAGACUGGGCGUCUAA